UGUGCGUGUUCGGGCGCUGUUUUGGUGUGCGUGCCAUUCCGUACCGUGGGCCAAGUGGCUCGCUGCCGGGGUUUCGAACGAUUCGGGCCACAGCACAGCAAGCUCAUGAGGUAUGGUUUGUUUUUCUACUUAGUUCGACGCGACCAUUCAGAAGGAGUACAUGUGCCGAGCGGAUUAACAUUAAUUAUCAUUUUUAUUGUUGUUUGUUUAAUUAAAAACCAUCCCUAGUGGUUCAGUGGUUGUGUUGUGCGCGUGGACGGUUGUAAACGUGCGACUCAUUCGCGUCCAGAGUGCGUGCACCGUCAGCAACAAGCCAUUCGCGAUCGUUUUGGCAUACCCGAAAAAAGAAAAAAAAGACGAAGCAACGCUGCAACCAUCCUGGGACUUCACUACCGUCAAGCGUGUGAUUGAUCUCCAGCAUCAGGAUCCAUCAACAACAACAAGAAAGUGUUUCGCGCGAUACGGGUUUGCAUGAUCUUGGGCCAGGUUUAACGUGGCUUCACACAACACCCCAUAUAUACACACACACGCGCGCGUGCUUGUGUGUGUUUGUGUGCAUCUGUUUGUAUGUGUGCGCUUGUACGUGGUUGUUGUGUUUGUGUGCGGUGCCCCCAGGCCAGCGUGUUUGUGUGCUGCGGAGUGUCACCUAGAGCUCGCCUUGGGUUCGGGCGACAGAUGUAGUGGCGCGUGAGUAGUCGCACAGGAAAGCCGAAAAGCGUGUCCACGAGAAGAUCCACGAUCAAUCCAGCAACCAGCCCAUCUAGAAACGAGGAAUUCAAGAAAGUACAUAGCAAACUGCACCGGUGCUCCAUCGCUGCUGCAGUGCCAACUGCCAGGGGGAAAAGUGCUACCGCAAGUCGUUGGGUCGCUCCCCAAGAAAAGCUGUAAUCCCGCGGACAGUGUCAAAGCCCAAGCCUGUGUCCAGCUGUAUGUGUGUGUGUGUGUUUGUCGGUUAAUGAUUGUGGGUCUGUGAACUUCAAAUGGUGUUUUUGCUAACUUUUCGGAAAAGUCUACGCGUGUGCUCCCGUGUGUCCGGGCUUACUAUUACGAUCAGUAUCCUAACUAUCUUCUACAAACCCACGGUCCGUACAUGUGGUGCUUGUGCGUGAAUAGAACGAGCAUCCGGUGAAGCAGGAAGCACCCAACACAGUGAGGGUGUGUGAGCGUGUUUGUGUGCUUGUUUGUGUGUGUGUGUGUGCGCGCGCGCGCGAGUGUGUGCAAGCUGCAACUCCAGUGUGCUAUCGUACAUCCAAUCAACAUCAACUAUCAAAGUGCUAUCACAACGUCGCUGCGUAAGAGCAUAAGCAGCGCUAGCCGAGGAAGCGUGGUCGUGAACCGUUGCAACGUAACGCCAGCACCGUGAGCAGCUACGCGCAUCAGUACGCGUCUGUUGGGGGUCGGUACUGCCAACAACACCCAUCCACCGUGGCGCUCCACUCGACCGAGGCCCUGAUGGCGGGCUUCCUCAAGUCGUCCGAUCUCGGACCGCACCCGCACGGGUACGGUACCGCCCAUCAUCCACACCAUGCCCAUCCGCAUGGUCCUUUACCGCCCGGAAUGCCUAUGACAUCGUUAGCCCCGUUCGGUCUUCCCCACGGGCUAGAUGCUGUAGGAUUUCCGCAAGGUAUGUGGGGUGUAAAUCCAAGGAAACAGCGCCGCGAACGGACCACCUUUACCCGGGCCCAGCUCGACGUGCUCGAGGCACUAUUCGGCAAAACACGCUAUCCGGACAUUUUCAUGCGCGAAGAGGUUGCACUCAAGAUCAAUCUUCCUGAAUCGCGAGUACAGGUAUGGUUCAAGAAUCGACGUGCCAAGUGCCGGCAGCAGCUCCAGCACCAGUCCUCAUCCAAUCUCAACAGCAGCAAAUCAUCCGGUGGCGGUGCGAGCGGAUCGGCCCGCUCCGGUCAGACCGGUGGCAACAAUGGACCGUCCGGCGGGAACUCCGGCUCGUCCGGCGGGGCAUCCGGCAGCAAUGGUAGUCACAGCGGUACCAAGAGCUCGAUAGUGAACGCCAACAACAAGCCCACGAUCAAGCACACGCCGAUGAACAACAGCCACAACGGGGGCGGCAGUGGGCCCGGUUCGGGCGCGGGCAGCAAUGGUGGGGGCGGCACCGGCGGUGCGGGCAACCAGUCGAACCCGGCCGGACCGAACCAUAACGGGGCGCUCGGGUUGAGCCACAGCAAUGCGUCCCCGAUACUGCCGAUCACACCGUCGACCUCCGUCAGUCCGCCGAUCAACGUGAUCUGCAAGAAGGAGCAACCCUCGUCCUACCAUCAUGGGGCGGGCGGCGGCGGCGGCGGUGGUGGCGGUAACGAACCGGGCGGCAUGAAGCCCACCGGGUACGACCUGCUGAAGGACUCGGAGCUGAACCUAGCGCACCAUUCGUCCUCCGCCUACGUCAACAUCAACUCGCGGCUAGGGCAAUCGCUCAGCUCGGCCGGCGUCGGUGGGGUGGGCGGUGUCGGCGGAGUGGGCGGCGUGGGCGGAGUGGGCGGUGUUGGUGUUGGGGUGGGUGUGGGGGCAGGCGGCGGGCUCGGCAAUGGACCGUCGGCAGGCAAUCUGACGCCGCUCGGGUCGAACUCCUCCAUCAUGACGACACCGUCGCCACCGAUCACACCGCAAACGUCCCACAAUCCGCUGUCGUACGUGCCGAACCACGAGACGUACAACUUCUGGCACAACCAGUACCAGCAGUAUCCGAACAACUACAACACACCGUCCUACUACAGCCAGAUGGACUACUUCCAGAACCAGAACCAGGGCAACUACAACAUGGGCCACACCGGGUACACCACGUCCGCGAACUUUGGGCUCGCGUCCACGUCCGCGCUGGCCGGCCCGAUGGGUUCGCAAACGUUCAGCCCGAACGGGCUCGACUACAUGAACCCGCAGGACAAGUACGUCAACAUGGUGUAAGUAGUAGCAGUAUUCCCUUAACGCGGCCUGACCAGCGCGACGAUUCCAUAUCAACCGCAACGAGCAAACAACAGAAGAAGCACUCUUCUAGGUGAGCGGACAUAAAAGAGCAGAUCCAUAUCAAAGGACAACAGAGAAAACAGAAAAACAAACGAAAAGCUGAGGUCGCUCUGGCUUCAUUCCGCAACAUUCGUAACCACUUCCUGUUCCGUUCCCUUCGCGCCAAGGUGCCACCGUACACACUGCCGACACCUGGAAGGGAUCGAUGGAGCGAGCAGUCUCUGCCACCCGAAAAGUUUGACGAAUUUUGCCGAACCACUGCUGAGCGGUCAAAAAGCUUGGAAGCUGGACUGGCGCACAGUCUGGUUUUGCGUUCAGGUUUUCUUACUUUGUGAAAAAUAGACAUUUAAAAACUGAAAACCACUUAGACGGUAGGAUUAGUAAAGGGGCGGGUUUUGUAGUGUUUAAAGCUAAAGAGCUAAUCACACACACACACACACACAUAGACGCCCAGAGCAGCUCUGGUGUGGCGGCCGGAUAUAGGUGACUAGGGGCUCCUAUACCAGACGAUGUUUGUGUAGCUGUUCGAUCGAAGACUCAUGCGAAGGACGAAAGCGAACGAAUCGCGAAACGAGUAGACAAAUGUUAUAUCAACUAGUUCAUAUCAGUAUUUUCUUCCGCCUGGGGAGCUUUGUUUUUUUCUUUUCUCUCUCCAACGCUUUUCUUGUGGUUGCAAACUUUCCAUCGAAGGGUUUUCAUUUUUUUUUGCCGAGAAACCGUUUCAAGGCUUAACCCGCUGCCUGUUACAGUGCCCGGUACAGCAUGUGUGUGUGUGUGUGUGUGUGUUUGGUUGUAUGAUCAAAGGACUCACAGCAAAUCGAUUUCAAAAGUUCGAGGCCUGCCAAUGUCCUCUUCCCUCCACCACCCCACCUAUCCUACCCUUCCACCGACCUGCGCUAACCUCCCUCCUAGGUAUGUAAGGCAAGGGCAGUACGAAGUAACUGUGUAUAGGAUGAGUUAACUCAUUUUCCCAACUUUUUUUUUUGUUAAAUUAAUCGAAACAAGCAUGAACUGGAUCUAUAACGACGGUUUUUCGCUUUCCUGUACGCGACACCGGUGCCGUAGUGUCGCAGUUUUAAUUUUUAUAGUUCUGUUUCUCCUCCGGCUCAUUGCUCUGCGUCCUGCAUUUCCACGGCACGCAAGCAAACCCCAAGCGAACAACUGUGCAAUUUAAUGGUUCCGUUUUUUUUGUGUUGCUUCCCCAAUUCGGACCUUCGUGCCCGGCAUCCAAAUUUUUGUUGGUUGUUCCCCAACCCCUUUCUGUAACUCUAAUUCUGCAAGGAUUCUGAGUAGGGGAAAGACAUAACAAAACAACAAAAAGAUAAAAGAAAAACGAAGCACGAUAUUAGCGAAAAAAAGAAAACCCGAGAGGAGAAAAAAAGGAAAACUAUUUGCGCAAGUACGGGCAGAAAAAAAGGGAACGAAAAAGAAGAAGCGAAAAGAAGCGAUAAAGCAAAAAUGGAAAAAAACAAAACUCAUUUUGCGGCUCUAGGUAGUACAUAAAUAUAAACCUAUAAAUAUAUAAAUAUAUAUACACACAUAAUUUUUAAUUGCAAAUUAAAAUAUUUUAACUGUAUAUCGUACACUAUUUAAGUUCGCGCUAGAUUGUAAGGUUUUAGAGCAUGGCAUCGGGCCGGCACAAUUUGUGCCGCCCGAAUCGGAACCAUGGCGCGUCGAGGUGUCGAAGCAACGAGCAAAUAAAAGCAAAACAAAAAACGAUGUUAAAAAAAUAAAACACAAUGAAAAAACAACACACACACACACAGACACUCACUCAAUCUCUCACUAGCAACUAGGUACAAUAUGUUUGCCCCAUUUGCCCUCCAUUUCCCAUAAAAUCGUGUGAACGCAGUGUGUGAACGGGGUAGUAUGAAUGUGAAUAAUAUAAUACGACAACAAAAAAACACAAGAGAUCGCUGGGGAGGGGUGAGGGAGGGGGUUGAGUGAAUGGUUAAAAAAUGCGAAACAAAACAUAAAACCCCGGACAUAGAGCUAGUAGAUAUGGCAGUGGAAGUAGAAGAAGAAGAAAAAAAGGGGGAGAGAACGAGUAAAUUCCCUGGAACAGUGUGAAAGUGAACGUGUUGUAAUAUUGAGCAAAGUGGUAAAGAAAUAAAGGUAAAAUAAUACAAGCAAAAUCAGAAGAAAAGACAUACAAAAAAGACGCAGACAAACAAACGAAAGCAAAAGUUGAAUUAAGUACCGAAUCUCGAUUGGUAAAGUGAUGGAAGUGAUGAGUAUGUAGUAGCGGAAAACAGAAAAAUAAAAUCUGACAAUGAAUGAAAAAAAAAAACAUGAGAAGUAUCGUUUUUCUUAAAGGAAGGAAAACACUCACAGGAGAGGAAAAUGAAACGAAGUAGAAGUAGCAAAAGGAAUGGAAAAACACGCAACACUCGCUCUCUAGUGCGCUGUAAAAUAAUGGGAAGUAGUAAACAGAGGAGAGAGAGAGAGAGAGCUCAGAAUGUUGCUGCCCGGGUUGGUAAAAGGGAAAGAGGAGGAGGGAAAGUGAGGUUGAUCGAUAAAGAAGAAGGGGAGGGAGAGAGAGAGAGAGAGAGAGAGAGAGAGAGUGAGAGAGGAGUAGUAGAUGUGCUAGUUGAUAGUGACUAGUACACUAAGACUAGAAGAAAACAGUUGGAAUCGAUCGAUCGAACACUAACACAGUCACAGACACACAAACACAGAGUAGAAUCAAUUUCUCGUUUACUAGUUGCUCACAACUGUCAAAUCCAAACACUUCUCAUCUGUCAUUACUCCAGCUCUCGCUCUCUCUCUCUCUCUCACUCUCUCACACACACUUCUCUGUUCUCGCUUUAGCGAAUGGUCAGGCUCACUUGUUGUACAUAUUAUUCUAAUCAUUAUUGAAAAACUAUAUAUUAUCUCCAAGAAUGGAUAAAAUGAUACAAAAAUAUAUUGAACAAAAAAAAACUGAAACCAACAACAAACAACCAACCAACCAACACACGUAA